AUUGCUGUGAUCUUUAUUUUAUGUGAAAGUCGUUCUAGUAAUAUGUAUAGAUCUAUUUGGAACAAAAUUAUAGAAUUAGUGCCAAUGCUUCAACAAAAUUUAAAAUUUAUAAUGAGCGACUAUGAGAAGGCAGCCAUGAAGGUAAUAAAAGAAAAAUUUCCAAACGCAGAGGCACAUGGAUGCUGGUUUCACUAUAAUCAAGCACUUUUACGUUAUUGGCAGCGAUUAGGAUUAACAGAUGCACCGACAAAUAUUUUAUCAAUGACUAUGACUAUGGCAUUGAUUCCUUCUAAUUCUUUUAAGAAAGCACUUUCCCUUAUACAACUUGAAGUCGAUAAAACUUCUCAUGAAUUUCCUGCUGUAACUAAGUUUUUAGCAUAUGUACGCAAAACUUGGUUACCAUUAGCAUCAAAAGUCAGUGUUUAUGAUUGUCCUGCGAGAACAAAUAACAUAACAGAAAGUUUUCAUAACGUAGCAGGAAGAAAAUUCGGCAAAAGUCAUGAUAACAUCUGGAGUUUUUUAGAUAAUCUGCAGAAAUUGAUAAUUGAUCAAGAGUUAAAGCUAAAACGUUCAAAAACGAUCGAAUUAAGUAGGCAUCGUACAAGUACUAAAAGCAGAAAAUUAGAUAAUAAAAUACUGCAAAUUCAAAAACAAUUUGCAGCAGGCAGGUUAAGUCACCAGAUCGCCACUCUGGCGGAGUGUUUCGCGUGGUUGCGACGAUGCGACGAGUGCAUCCAGCGGCUCGAAGAACUCUGUCGCGUCAAGCGUCCUCGGUUCGCCGCCGGAAGUAGACAGUCCGCGGUAGCGAGGAUCGCGCGACUCGCUGGUGAAAGGGUGCGAGUGGAGAGACGAUUCGUGCACGUGGGCGCCGGACACAGUGCGGGACUCGUGUGGCGAGAGAUCGAUACCGCGUUCCACAAUCGCGUUCUCACCGGUGCGGUAAUUAACACGGAUUAUAUCGAGCCGCAGCGAUUUUUGGAGGACGCGGGCGAUACAGUGCUCGAGCGAGUGCGAGACGCCAUAGAGAGACACGGUAGCGUGAAGGUGAACACCGUGUUCAACGGCGAGUUUACGUCGGGUGACAAACGCGCUAAUAUAGGCAUACCCUCGCGAAACGCGGAAUUCUAUAGAACGUCGGAUGUGCGCGAGUGGUACGAGAAGCAUGUCGUCGAAGCCACGUUGACGAAGUUCGGCGAGUUUGAGGAGCGCGACAGCGGGUGGGCGCUGUCGCGAAUCCUCAAUUUAACGGUAAACGUGAACAAGUACAAUCCGAUGCACGCGGGAUGCUACGUCGAAGUGCCGUGGGAGAUAGCGACGAAACGAGCGGUGGUCAACGUGCGCUCGACGGACAACGCGUGCUUCGCGUGGUCGGUGGUCGCCGCUCUGCACCCCGUGGAAAGACACGCGGAUCGGGAGUCGUCGUAUCCGCAUUACGCAACGGUACUCGAGUUCGCGGGUAUCGAGUUUCCGAUGACUCUGAAGGACAUUAUGAAAUUCGAACGUGCGAACGACGUGUCGAUAAACGUGUACUGUAUUAAGAAGAAAAGGGACGAAUUAUCUAUUCUUCCGAUACGAUUGACCGGUCAAAAGAUGGAAAGGCAUGUCAACCUGUUGUACAUGCAGGAUCCACGAGACAGCAGCAUCGGCCACUUCGCGUGGAUAAAAAAUCUGUCCCGCCUCGUGAGCUCUCAACUCAACACGAAGCAACACAAGAAAUUUUUCUGCGACCGAUAUCUACAUUACUUCAGCUCGCAGGAACGACUGGAUGCCCACACCGUGGACUGCAACGAGCUGAAUGAGUGUGCGGUACAGCUACCGAAAGAAGAAAUGGCUAACGUUCGGCAAACACGGCAACAAGGAACGUGUGCCGUUCGUCGUAUAUACGCUGACCUGGAGUGCGUUCUGGAAAAGAUGGACCCGAAUCUGCCUGAGUCUCAACACCAUAAGGUACACAGCAUAGCGUGCUAUACACAUUGCUCGUUCAACGACGCGUUAUCGGGAUAUCGGUGUCGAUAA